AUUUGUCGUUUAGGUAAGGCCAUGUCGCUUUCAACUUUGUUGCGUCGAGCGGCGAAUAGGCUGACGGCAUGUCGAAAGAUGUCCGCAUACCCGGUCCCGGAUGCCAUGUUUGGCCUCAGCGAGGAAGAAAUCGCGCUUCGAAAGUCCGUCCGCGAAUUCGCCGAUAAGGAAUUGGCCCCUCAUGCACAAACAAUUGAUCGUGAUAACAACUUCGAAAGCCUCAGACCGUUCUGGAAAAAGCUUGGAGAUCAUGGAUUAUUGGGUAUUACAGCUCCUGCGGAAUUCGGAGGUUCGCAAAUGAAUUACUUCUCCCAUGUGCUUGUAAUGGAGGAAUUGUCCCGAGCUAGCGGCUCCAUCGCACUUUCCUACGGUGCCCAUUCGAAUCUCUGCGUUAAUCAGAUCGUACGUAAUGGUACCCAGAAACAGAAAGAGAAGUACUUGCCCAAGCUGAUCAGCGGUGAGCAUAUAGGAGCGUUGGCCAUGUCAGAAACCAAUGCCGGCUCGGAUGUGGUCAGCAUGAAGUUGAAAGCCGAGAAGCGCGGCGAUAAGUAUGUAUUGAAUGGCACAAAAUUCUGGAUCACCAAUGGUCCGGAUGCUGAUGUUUUGGUAGUAUAUGCUAAAACUGAUCCAACACUACACCAACACGGCAUUACUUGUUUCCUAGUGGAGAAAGGGUUUAAAGGGUUCAGUACCUCACCAAAGCUAAACAAACUGGGUAUGCGCGGUUCCAACACUUGUGAACUGGUGUUCGAGGAUUGUGAGAUUCCAGAAGAAAAUCUCAUGGGUGGUGUUGGCAAAGGCGUGUACGUGUUGAUGACUGGACUCGAUAUUGAACGUCUAGUGCUUUCCGGUGGACCAAUGGGGAUAAUGCAAGCUGCCUGCGACGUUGCGUUCCAGUACGCGCAUCACCGUGAGGCCUUCGGUACGCAAAUAGGAACAUUCCAGAUGAUUCAAGGAAAAAUGGCUGAUAUGUACACAACGUUGAACGCCUGCAGAGCUUAUUUAUAUACGGUUGCCAAGGCAGCCGACAACGGUCAUCUCUCAAACAAAGAUUGUGCUGGAGUUAUAUUAUAUCUUGGUGAGAAGUGCACACAAGUAUGCUUGGAUGCCAUUCAAAUUCUAGGAGGAAAUGGCUACAUAAACGAUUAUCCCACUGGGCGUUUAUUACGGGACUCAAAGUUGUACGAAAUCGGUGCCGGAACCAGUGAAGUUCGACGGUUGGUCAUCGGUCGUGCCCUUAACAAGGAGUACAUCCAGUGA